UAAAAGAAAUCUGAGGCAAGAAGCGGGGCUUCGGGGUGUGUUUGAGAUGAAGUUUGCGGAUUGGUACCUGAAGAUCGCGGCGGUAUCGGCGGUGUGUGGAGCCGCGAUGGAGCUCUUCAUGAUCCACACCGGCUUCUAUGAUAAGGUAACUGUUCUGGAGUCAGAAAAGCGAGCAUGGGAGAGCUCUCGAGAAGCUCAAGCUAUCAAAGAAGCCCUUAAUCCAUGGAGAAAGAUAGAUGAAGAAGCCAAAAAACCCUCAUAAUGUAACAAAUGUCAAAGGUGUGGCCCCAUCAAUUGACCUCAUCCCUUAGGUUGAGCAGUUCCAAAUAGAGAUUUGUUUGUCUGGAAUACAGAUUUCGCAUCGGCUAAUUUGGUUUGUAUUUCUCAAGAACCAGCUUAUUAGAUAAAAACAACAUUAAAGAAUAAUUAAAGUUUUCGAUUCAAAGGGUCAAUCUUUAUUGAAACUUCCAUUUGAGCAUGUUUUUGCCCUACAGAGUUUAGCUCUGAAAAUUACUUAGCAGAUUCAAAACAUAGAUGUAUCUAUGACAUAGGGAUGCACAACCCAAUUAUGUAUCUGAGGACAUCUUGCAUGUUGAAGAUAUGAUCUCGUUGAACUGAGUUUCAUUUUUCA